AUGCCUCUGCUAGGACUGUCACGCACGCGCAAUCACGACUCCCAACCUUUCGCUUGCUAUGACAACCUGGGCAGGGAGAAAAAGCAUGGUGCAGGGCAGAGAUAUGUCAACCCUACCACUGGGAUCUGUCGAAAACUCGUACUGCAAGCCGUCAAACCCUCUCAAACAUCCGAAGUCAAAGUCAAAGAAAUUCCCAUCAAGCAUCACGCCAACGGCACGAGCAAACUCGCCAGAUGGCUUUUAUCCAAUUCCCCCAUAAGAAGAUGGAUUAUUCUCGAGUGGUUCAUCAAAUUCUUGCUGUUUCAUUGGCUGCUAUUUUGGUCAAGCUCGCAUAGCGCUGGAUACUACAAACCGUAUAGCCGCAGGUUUCGCGGCCAGCUAUGGGCAGCUCGUUCCUCCAGGGAGUAUUCUUCGCGCUUUAGAGAGGAGGAAGAGAACGAAAUUCGGACACACACUCUUCAUCCUCGGCAUCUCGUGAUCCGCGACCAGAACGAGUGGGUUCUAUGCGCAAAUCGUGAUAUCAUCAUCCACACCAAAUUCAUCGCCAUUUCUUACUGCCAGGCCGAUGCCUUCACUCGGGGAACACCGAGUGAGAAUCAAGAGAGGGCAGACUUCACAGACGAAGUUCGUGCAGCAGUACUCGGACAGGGAUUCGAUGCCUAUUGGCUCGACCUGGAGUGUCUGGGGGCGACUCAGUCAGAGAAGAAUAUGGAUGUGUACUGCAUGGCAGACGUCUACCGUAGAGCGGAGGUGACUUUGAUCAUGCUCGGGAGAGCUGCGUCUGGAGAGAACGAGUCUAGAGAGAACGAGUGUUGGGAGAGAUAUGGCCAGCGGGUAUGGACUUUCCCCGAAACCCUCCUGAGCUCUCGUCUUUGCUACAAGUUCCGGGAUCGGGAAGAGGUUAACUCGUUGUCGUUGUUUCAGCUGGCUAACCUGGCCUAUGCGCACUCCGAAGAUGAACGAGCAAUCGUCAACGCAUACGGCGGAAAGGAUCCGCUUGAGCGGCUGGAGCGCUUGACACUCCUUCAACAAGCUAUAUGGAGGCGCGGUACAUCAAAUCAUCCAAUAGGUCCUCCACUCCCGCCACAGUCGGAUAUGAUAGGCGGGGAGCCUAUCUCCAGUGGGGUGUACCCAGCGGAGCAUGUCUAUGCUCUCAUGGGCUUUUUUGAGCACCGCAUUCUUCCAAACCAUAUGGAGGACAGUCUGAAAGCUCUCGCAAGGUUGUCAAUGGCCAACGAUAACGACCGGAUCAUUGAGCGCAUGCUAUCCAUGCUUCCCUCAAACAUUACCGAGAUGGCGUGCUGGUACGCUGAGAAUGAUAUGUACGGCGCGAAUCUUUGGGAUAUGAUCCCGGAGAUCCAAGUCUCUGGUGUGACGAAGAGCGGAGCUCUCGUUGCGGAUGGCUGUCGGGCGGCAGCUAUCAGAUGGAGGGAUUUCCCAAAGGUUGCAUGUACGUUCAGGUAUUCGCUGAGGAGGCGAAUUGCCGGUUCCAUGCCGUAUCUCGCAUGGCUGAUCGUUAUCGCCGGGGUGGUAAUUAUGAUUAUACUGAACACCUACAAAAGGACAGGCAUCGCAUUCAUCGCCGUCGGAGUCGUGCUCCUCCUCCUUUCCCCUAAAUCGUUUCUCUACAGUCAAUCUGGGCCUGUUGUCAACGCGCCGCCAUGGCUCAUCGGGGUCAAAGGAGUGAUCCACAGAGAUAUUGUAGAAAGUUAUUUGUAUGGGGGCGCCAUACAAUACUUAAGGAUGAUUUUCACACCGAGCGGUUCUUGGUUCUCCGUUCCGGAACAAGAGGAGUUACGUGGGGGUUCAAACAAGCAAUACGAGGAUGCGAUACAGGCAGAGGAGAGUGGAUCAUAUGCGGGAAAGAUGUACACGCUCAUCGACACAUACUCGUCGACGAUGUACUAUUUCCAUGCUGAGAAAGCGCCGACAGUGUGUAUCUUCACAGGACGGGAGGGAGGGCUUGGCAGGUUCUUGCUUUGUUCGGAGAACUGCCAGAGCAAUGAGCUGCAUAAGGAGAGCGUGUUGAGGAUGCCCACGGAGAUCAUUCAGAAGAUGCCGAUGUGUGGUUGGAUCGCACUUGGAUGA